AUGAAUAACAUAACGGCAAAGGAGGCCUUCUCCAAGCUUCCUCAGAAACUCCAUAACUUCUUCAUUAAGUUCCCCCCUAGACCAUUUGCUCAGUAUGCUGAAAAGCCCUCCACAAUCAAAGAUCCCCAGAUGAACCCGUUCUUGCCUAACAAGAACCCUGAAACUGGCCGCUGGCACGGAGCCAAGUACUCAUUGAGAAGGUCGGCUGACUUGAUCAAGAUGGCUAAGAAGUUUGGCAUCCAGGACCUCUUACCUCCUAUCCCACACAAGAGAUUCCACGAAGACAAGUACAACAAUAAGAACUGGAUGAGAGGUAUCUUGAAACAGAAGGGCCAGAAAUGGGAGAGAGACUUGCCUGAGAAACUUGAGGCUAGAAAGAAGGCUAUCGCUGACAUGGACAAGAUUAUUCUUGAAGCCAGACCAACGUAUAGAAAGCGUAUUGCAAAGAGACAAGAGAACAAGAAGACAUGGUUCUAA